AUGGGAGAUUCUCAACAAGUAUACGAGGCAUCCGCGAAAACUCCAAUUCUGGAACAAGAAGGGACACUAAAUAUGUCAGUGGAGUCAGUGAAACCUCAAGAAGAUUUCGGAACUUUUCCUUGCGUAUCGCCUUAUGACGACGAGGGUGAAAAGCGAAAUUUUAAACUUUCAGCCCAAGAGAAACGGCGCUGGCGUCGAGCGGCGUUAGCGGUAUCCUUUGCUUCUAUGUACGUCACGCUGUUGCUUGCCAUCGCGUCGUUUGUAAGUUCGGGGAUUUCCGAGAGCUCCGCCGCAUUUGCCAUAGCGUUUGACGCUUUACUUGGAGUCUUUUCAUCAGGAGUAAUAGUCUGGCGUUUUUACAAUGGCGUCAACGGCGUGUUAGGCCCUGAAAAGGAGCGUAAAGCGUGUUUAGCUAUCGCGCUCUGCUUCAUCUUAUCUGCGAUUAUGAUGUGCGCACGAGCGAUACAAUUCCUUCUCAGUGAUUUAGAGCCGAGACAAACCAUCACCCUCCUAGCCAUAUCAGUGAUUGGAUUUAUCUGCUAUUCUGCGUUUUUUUGGCUCAAGUUCCGCAUUGCAGACAAGUUACACAGUUUAGCACUGAGAAUAGACUCAAUAGACUCAGCCUGUGGGGCUGCCAUGGCUUUGGGCUUGAUCACAAGUACGAUCAUCUACAAUGAAAUGCACUCGACUUGGUGGCUGGAUUCAGCCAUCGCUUUGGUUAUAGCCUUCGUUACCUUUUGUUAUGGUUGUGUCAUUAUUUGGAAAGUUAUCUGGAAGAAAGAGAGAUUUGGAGCACCCGAGGAGUACGAACUGUUUUGA